AGUAGACGAAACUGAGAGGAACAGUUCCUUUUCAAAUUACUGCGUUUUUAACUCGAUUUCUUACCGUUUUGUCCGACCAGGAGGUAGUUAAGGAUUUGUUUUAAGGAAGGAGGCGAGGAUUUGGUCAGAAUGCAGGCGAAAGAAGGGAUGAAACGUGGCGAAUUUCGCUGCUGUUGCGGGUGCUUGCAUGUCCGGGCAGGGGCCAUCAUGAUCGGCCUCCUACACCUGGUGUGUCACCUGCUGGGGAUGCUGGUGCUGGCCUACCUGAUCACCCAUCCGGAGGCCAUGCCAAAGGGAGACACCUGGUACAGCCUCAACUAUAACGGCAACGAAACUGCACGCGGCAGCGAUAACUGUGUGGCCCUGGCCAUCACUUUCUUCACCUUUACCAUGACUCUGCUCAUGCUGUAUGGUGCUAUAAAGCACCGUGCAGGCUACCUGCUGCCGUUUUUCUGUAUCCAAGUGUUUGACUUCACCGUCGGCUGUCUCACAGCCAUAGGCUUCGUCUCCUACAUGCCCAACAUCAGGACCUUCAUGGAGCAAAACCCCAACUUGCCGUACCGUGAAGAACUGAUGAAGAUGGACCCUCAGUACCUGCUGCUGAUCUGCAUGGCUAUCUUCUUCCUGGUCAUGAUCAUCAAGGCUUACUUCAUCGGUGUUGUGUGGGGAUGUUACAAGUACAUCACCUCCCGUAACCUCAUGGAGGUCAUCUACUGCCCCGACACUGAGGCCCUGCUCCCUCCCAGCUAUGACACUGUGACCAAGAUGCCGCCUCCCCCGCCCUACACCCCGGCAACUGAGACAUAAAUAACAACAAGAGACAUAAACAACAACAAGACAACAAGCAGGACCUUCCCGAGGCCGCACCAAUUUGCUUCCUUGGUUCUCGGACAUUUCAAAGUAACAUUACUCAAACACUCAUAUAUAUGGUGACAGGAGUCUAAAUCCCUCCUGCUAUAAAAUUGCAACAUGAUGUAACCCAACACUAGUUACCAUGGUGACAGACAUCUGGUCCUGGUCAUUGACUUUAUUUCUUUGGAGAAGAGGAAUAAGAUACAGAGCGAAAACAAUAUGUUUUCCUUCUGCUUAGGUAAGCAUAAAUAUAGCAAAUCAAAGCAGAAGGCAGGAAGGAAAGUUAAAUAUGACUCUAUGACUGUAUUCACUCCAUAAAGUUGUGUGCAUCAAUAUGGUUCUCAGGCUUUGUUUUCGUUACAUUUUCCCAGUUAAACAUAUCUUUUUGAAGUCCCAGAACCAACAAAUUAAAUUGGUGAUGCCUUAGACAAUGUCACAAAAAAAGGAAGUCCGAUCAACAACCUACCAAUGUUAAUGGAAAAGUAAAUACACAGAAAGGAAAUUCCUCUGUUUCCCUGCUCACUUUUGCCUUCAGACUAUAUGCAGUGCAAAGGAAGGUUGCCUUUAGUUUAGUUGUAUCCAUACAAUAUUGUCUUUUCAGAAGAGUGAACUAUUUACAUAGUGGUUCAGACGAAAUGGUCAUUUCUAAAGGAAUGGCCAUUUCUUUGUUAAGGUAAACCUGCAUUAUUAUUCAACUAGCAUAAAUUAUGUUUGCUGCUUGUCUAUGAUAAUAUUGUGUAAAUGUAUAGGCCAGUGGUGAAGCUUUCUUUAGGAGUUCUAAUAGCAAGAUUUUCUGGUAUUUUGGUGAAUGUCACCUUUCACAAGAAUAUGGCCUAUCACGAUGUGCAAAAAAAAACUAUAUAUAUAUUGAAUAAUUCUAUGAGCACAGUGUCCUUGUAUCUUCUUACAUAUAUAGCCACGAUGUAGCUUCAAGGUUAAUAGCAAUGUUAAAUACUUGAUGCUGGCAAAUAAGCAGUAAUUGAAGAGAUUUGAUGUAUUUUCUGAUCUAUAUUGUACUAUUUGUGUAGUAGAACAAGUAUUGGCUUCCAGUGAGAGAUUAUUAAAAAAAAACUUGUGGAUUGAGUUUUUUUCCAGAUAAGUGCAAUUUGAAGGGCUGUGAUGCGAUCCCAUCUGAAAGUGGCAAGUCGAUUCUGAUUUGAGAUUCAAUGAUUUUGAAACUGAUGAGUGGUAAAGAGAGUGUAGCACUUGUCAUUCUUUUUAGUUUACCCAACCAGAUUAACUAAUUGGUGGUAGUAAGUGUGGAAAUAUAUGGGAGAUAAAUUUUCCUUGAUUUUACGUUUAUACUUGUUAGGUAAAAAACCUAGCUAAGUCUGUCCUCCCUAAUUAUGUUUGUAGUAAAUGUACAUGUGUGGCUGUAUGGUGAAUCUGGUGUGAACAGAACAUGCUGCAACAAGUAAGAACAGAAAUAAUCAUCCUUUUCUGUAAUGUGAAGUGUACCAUGUACAUGUAGCUGGCUUGUAUUAUUACAUUGUAGAUGUCGUGUUUUAUAUCUUACAUCGAAGAUGUAAAUACAUCAACAUUGCAAAUUCAGUUUACUUCUUAACUCUUUGAGCCAUUAUCUAUAACUGUAUAGGAGGGAUCUAUAUGAAGAAAUUCAACCAAAGAUUCAGUUUGGUGAACGGUACACACAUCUCUACUAUAAAUAAAGGCUAGUCUGCCCAACAUG